ACAUAAGCACUUCCUCAACCCACCUCUGCUCAAAUCAAACUUAUCAGACUGGACCCGUAGAUAACUUUAAACGCUCAAUUAACAGAGCCUGUUUAAUACAUAUUUAGCAACAUGUGUAAUUUUAGUGAGGUUAAGUUUCUCAUUUCCGGCCCAGUACUUGAAGACAAUUUAACCAGAAACUAGUUGCCAGGUUACCAGACCCAUUCAGAAAGAUGACGACCAAAGCCGUUUACUAGAGACCUGGGAAGUGUCAGAGAUGUGAACCCUCAACAUAUGGGAAAACUGAUGUAAGAAGUGAUCAAGAAAUGUCUUCUGAGGAGGAGACUUCUCAGACAUCCACUCCUUCUUCCUUUCCCCCUCCAUCCUCCUCACCUGCCCCUGCAUCCCAUCUCAUCGGCAGGAAGGAGGACAUUGUCAAGGCAGGGCGCCUGAUCAAGACUGUGAAUGUAUGCAGGGAAAUACUGGUCCUGUACCACCAAGGGACACUUCAUGCAAUGGACCUGCGCUGCUAUCAUGCAGGUGGUCCAUUACAGCAUGGAGACAUCGAGGAGUUUAAUGGGCGGCUAUGUAUUGUGUGUCCGUGGCACAAGUACAAGAUCACACUAGCAGAAGGGGAAGGGCUUUACCAAGCCGUGGAUGACCCUACAGUCAAACCCCUGAGGACACACUGGCGCUCCAAGGGUGUCAAGCAGAGGAUUCACAAGGUCACUGAGGUCAAAGGGAGUGUAUAUGUAACACUGAACGACUGCAGCGAGGCCAUCGAGUCAGAUGUCUACCAGACUGAGAGAUACAGGACUGGCUCAAUUCAGGCCCAGACAAAUCCAAAGCCCUAAAAAUAACCAGACACUCAGGGAAUUAUUUGGAAAUAACUCUAGUUUACUCUAUCACUGGAUUUUUGCAAUUUGAUUACCCAACAGUACAGAGUGUACAAAGAAAUCAACCAAGAGGAUGUACUGUAUGUUUCCAGGAUCCUAAUUCACAGCUCAAUGUCCUUUUUAAUGAGACAUAAAGUAGACCUUCAAACGUUUUUUUUUAUUGAAUGUCUCCCAUGGUUAAUAUGUUGAAAUAUAACACAUAUACUGUAUCUUAAAGCUUUCUGAUGUUAUAAUCUAGGUCUAGGAAACCCUUACCCUCAAAUCUGCUAUCUAAACAAUUGCCUUGACUUUAGAAUUGAACUUCACAUUGGCUAAAUGGAUUUACAGUAUACUAAACUGCAUUUGAAACAUGGUCCCUUUGUAUUUUUGCAUUUUGAACUGCAAGGAUAGCCCUUACCAACACUUCCAAUGUUUACAUCAGAACAUAGGUCCCUUGGAACAUAGGGAUGACCAUCAACCAACUACAGCAGUACAAUACUACUUCCACUUGUAUUAAUAAACAGUACAAUUAUGUAAUACAAAAA